AUGAGCUGGCUUUUCGCUGCUCUACUACAAAGCAGCUUUUUAGCUGUCUCCAGCUACUAUGGGAGCCCCAUUGAAGGGAUCUAUCCCAUUUACGGCGGCAGCGGAAUUCUGACCAUCUAUGGCGCGAAUUUGCCGAGAGUGGAUGAGGUUGUCUUUCGAUCUGAAACGUUGGAAGAUGUCAAGUGCAAUAUUUUCAGUAAAGGAAAAAAGGAAGUUAGAUGCAAUAUAAAACAAUGGCCCAGUCCUGGACGCUAUCAGCUUGUUGUCGAUGAUGUUGUCGAAGACAUCACGUAUUGGGCCGAGGAAGAGGAAGAAGAAGACGGAGGAUUUCGGAUGGAAGAAGAUGUCUCGUUCGCCUCCUCUUCCGGCAACUGCUUCAACAAUAGACCAGUUAUCGAUCUUGUCCGACCUGCUCGCAUUAGUAGACAAGCCGGAGUACUUAUAACUAUCGAGGGUUGCAACCUAGCUCAAAAGACGGCUCCAAUUACGGACGAAGAGCUCGAAGGAAUGAGCGAAGCUUCGAAGAAGCUAGCGCGAGCGACGCAGUAUGACCAAACUCAAUACGCAGUCACUUUUAAUUCUGGACGAGAUGAAGUCAGAUGCAAUGUUAUUAGAUACUACACUACAGACAGCCAGAUUGUAUGCACUACAGAGGAGUUUCCAUCCGAUGGAAGUUAUUUUCUGAAGGUUUUCACAAACGGCCGUGAAAUCGGUGAGAACGGAUUUGGAAAACCGUGUCGUAUUUGUAAGGUCCAGGCUCUCUCGAACUUUGUCCCCUUGAUCAAAGAAAUUGAACCGGCUAAUUAUGGAUCCAAUGGAGAUAUUAUAACAAUCAAAGGAAGAAUCUUUACCGACGCAUAUCUGCAAGAUCGUUGCGCAUUAGAUGAGGAUGAAGAGUGCUCUCAAACAGGCAGUGUAGAAGAAGGUGAAAAUUAUCUUCGAAGCCAACCUAGGUUUGUCGAUGCUCUUGGACGAAACGUUGGAAUUUGCGAGCUUGACGAUAUCGAAGGCUCUCCUUCAAUUUCCUUGACCAGUUUCAACGAUGGUUUCAUCCGGUGCAAGAUCAAGACCUCCUACGUUGGAAAUGUCAAUGUCACCUUUUCGACGACAUUCAACGGAGAAAGUACCUCUAAAACGGACCUGUAUACAGCUGUGGGCAACGAUGUACAAAUAUUCAAUUUUCAGUUGACACCAAGAGUUGAUAAUAUUUCGAAGAGAAGUGGUGGACUCAUCGGAGGAAACAUGAUCACAAUUGCAGGAGGCCCUUUCAGUGAGGAAAUGACCUCAGUAACAAUUGGUGGCGAAAAGGCAACAAUUACGGACAUUCGCAAAGAUAGCGUCGUCUUGGCAGCUCCAAAAGCACCAGUUCACGAUGAGUGCGGUUAUCCAGGACAGAAAGGGUUUGUAGCUAAAGUCUGGGACAUCGCGCAAUCUGAUGUCUGGGACCAUCUCAUAAGAACGCCGAGUUUUGUUGACGUUGACUCUUCAAUGUAUGAACAAGACGCACAAGAGUUUACGGUUCAUUUGGAAGGCGUCUUUGUACCUAAGGAAAGUGGUUUCUACUCCUUCCAAGUGGCUGCUAGCGAUGAAGGAAGACUAUUUGUUUCUUCAAACGCGUGUAGCUCCAAUGCUGAUCUCGUUUCGCUCAUUAAGAACUCACAAAGUCCAAGGGACUUCCAUGGCUCAUUCAAACAGGGAAUAAUGUCGAAAAUUUUCUUAGAAGAAGGAGAGCCCAUUUAUUUACGAGCUGAAGCCAUUCAUACCAAAUGGAGCUCUGGUUUCGUCAACAUUGGCGCGCUUUUCCACUCUGCUGAAGGCGACAAACAGUCAACAUUCGACUAUGUGUUUGAGACGCAAGAAAUUGAAAUCAAAGAUUUCGCACAACAAGAAGUCCAAGAUAUUUCUUUCGAUCAGUCUUCUCCUGAUGAAAUCAGCUUUGUACUCGAGCUAGAUGGCCGUCGAACAAAUACAUUGACGCCAACAAGUAGCGAGGAGCAAAUUUCUCGAGAGCUGAACCUUCUCUCUAAAAAUGAAUGUGCAGAUACUGGAAACAUUCGAGAGGCAUUUCGAAAUGGCGGCGAAAAAAAUUCGGUCUAUCCAUGGAACUGGUAUACGUCAGAAUCAGAGCCUUACUGUGGUUCUAAAGCAGUUGCGCUCAAUACUCAGCGUCUUAAGUUCUUCGAUGCGCGAAGAUACUCUGAUGUCGCACCCAUUGACUUGAAUCUGAAUCCGAACAUUUGCUUUGCGUACAAAGGAGCCAUUGGUGAUAAAAUUCAAUUAACUAUGGAAGCUUCCAAUUGGAAGGGUGUAAGAAGCUAUUCUUUUGGGCUCGAUCAUACAGACACGUGGAAAUACAGAUGCUGGAAUAUUAUUACAGAAUUCAUCAACAAUGAUCAGUUCCUGAAGAGGAAAGUGGGUUCUAACUCCGUUAUUCUCUUAAAACAACUCGAUUUCACUGCGAACAAUCAAAAUGAGAAGACCGCUUACAUUGAUGAAUUUGUAAUUGGUAAGGUCGAAGGCCAUUUCCAUGUCGAGCAGAGUGAAAUCGGCGCACGUCCAAGUGGUUACAUUCCGAAAAUCCGCGCUGAGUGGACAAACGUAUCCGGUCGUCCAACACUUCGCCUCUUCUUUGAGACCAACGAUUGCGGGCUUGAUAUUCCUCUCAUCAAACUUGUUGAUCCAGUCAAAUUCGAAAUGAUCAAAAACCCAUUGACACAUCUGUACACCUUUUCCGGAUUCUCUGCAACAGUUGACCGACGAUCAAAAGUAAGUCCUGGAGUAGAUGGAAACUUCGAUCUCAAGUACAAGAACAAAAUUCUUUCCGCUGGAGUUGGGUGGACUGCAAAUCACCUGAAACAACGACUUACUGCUGUUUUUGGGCACGAGUUUGGUGCUGCUACGGUCAAAAAGUUUGGAACAUGCAUGGACGGCUAUAGUUGGGUUAUUAUCUGGAACUCAUCUGGCGACAAAGAACAAAUCGAGCUUGACAAUGUUGCCGUUACUGGUAUGAGUAUUCGAACAAGGUCGAUAACCGUUAACGAUGGUGGUCUACGAAUACCAUUCCUAAAUGGCGAUUACGUUCGUCAGAUUUCGCCACAGCCAAAAUUCGAUAUUAGUGUCGCUGGAGUUUCUGCCGUAUGCUUCCCAAGAACAUCGAUUGAUUGUGACUACGCCUGGUUGGAGAAGCAAACAAUGACUAUCGCUAGUUUGGAUAAAUUAGAAGACGGAUCUUACAAAAUAACGGGAACAAAUUUCAACAAGAAUACACAGAUAAUCGUGGGAGGAUCAGCGUCGCCACUUAUUAGCGUAUCUGACGAAGAGAUUAUUUUCAAUCUCCCUGAAGUUUCGGGAAAAGUUCGUGUCCGAGCAUACAGUGAACAGUUCGGGUACUCUGCUGGGGAGUUCUUCGUUACUGUUAAAUCUGUACUAAACAGUGUGUCUCCUCAAGUUAUUGGCGUCGGAGGAGGAGGAGUCUUGACAGUAGAAGGUGCCGGCCUCAAUGAUGAAACAGAAGUCAGAAUAAAUGGCCAACCCUGUGAACAUGUUCUCGUUGAGUUUUCAAAAAUCCAAUGUCGAGCUCCUGCUCUGGAUGCCGGAACUUAUGCGAUUGAGAUUAAUGGAGACGAUACUGAAUUGAGUGUAUCAUCUGCUGAGAAUAUCUCUGCUUCAAUUGCUGACAUUUCUCGAGAUUCUGUUGGUGUUGCUGGGGGAGAGCGAAUGGUUUUAGUUGGAUCGAGAUUCGGAAAUGUCGAAAAGGUUUUCGUUGGAGAUAGAGAAGCCGAAAUCGUUGAAUUUGAUGAUUCUGAAAUAGUUGUUCUCGCUCCAAGCAAUGAAAUAGGCACACAUGAAGUCAUCAUUGUUAACGAAAACGGAAACUCCGAGAACUCAAAAGAUCUAAGCUACGUUCUUGAAGUCAGUUCUGUUCUCCCAAAAGUAUCGAGUAUUGCUGGUGGAGCUCUUCUUACAAUCAAGGGUUUUGGUUUUGCGGAAGGCAAAACAGAAGUUAAAAUUGGCGAAACCGACUGCACCAUCAAGAGCGUUUCGUCAAAUACUAUUCUUUGUGAGACACAAAGUGGUGUCAAAGAACAUAUUGUUGAAAAUGGCGUGGCCACUAUUGCUGGAAUGCCAAUGGCUUCAUGGACUCCACGAUCUCUUGUGAUUGCGCUUGGCGAGCGAGUUACAUGGCGAUGGAACUUAAAACUAACUGGAAAUGAGACUCCAAAGUUCCGAAUUCAACAGACUGCAUCAGAAGGCAGAGUCGAAUACAACGGAGUUGGUUUCCAAUCGCCAAAAUUCGUUGGCGAGUCUGGCGAGUGGAGUUUCGAUUUUCUCACUCCGGGAACGUACUUUUACUCUUCAGGUUUUAUCGAAAGCUCAGAAAGUCUCGCAUUGACCGGCACUAUCAUCGUUGAAGAGCAGUCAUCUAAUGAGGAGUCCGAAGUGACAGUUUUUAUUGGGGACCAAAUUGCUGAACACAAGCUUAUCGACCUUGUGUUCUCCACUUCCAAAGAUAGCUGCAAUGAAUUAUCGAGCGAUGUUUUGACAGUGUCGACAUUCAGCAAAGACAUCGUCAGUCACAGCUUCAGUUUUGACCAAACUCCAGUUGUCGAGUCAAUGAGCCCAAAAGUCCUUCGACCGGGCGGUAUUGUAAAGAUAGAAGCGUCAGGUUUGAUCGAACACAUAAACUGCAUGACGAUCAGCAUUGGUGGAUACAACUGCAACUUGGAUAUUAACCAAAACGACCCUGACAUGGAUGAUUUUGAACUCGAAACACUCUCAAGAAGCUCGAAAAAAUCGUCUGUAAUCACAUGCCAGCUCGAACACGAAUUUUCUAUGCCCCCUGGUGAUCUUUGUGGAUUGAACAUUGAUAUUUCGCGCGUUGGAGGAGUAAUCAUUCGAUCAAGUGUGGAUCAGUGUAUUACAGUUGUUCCUACUGCUAAGAGUUUGAAACCACGAUCGGGAUCAAUGUUUGGUGGCCAAGUGAUUGAAGUAAGAGGAGAAGCACUUGAUUUUGCAGCUGACACUGAAGAUCUAAGAGUUUUGUUUGGAAACACAGAGGCUAGAAUUCUAUCCGUUCUUUACGGGGGAAUUAUGGUGAUUGUUCCAUUUCCAAGUGGAGACGAGAUUGAUGGAAGAACACUUGUUACUGUGACGUACAAGGGAGAUCCUAUUGCGACAGUAGAAGACCUCGUCUAUCACUAUGAUGAGCAAAGAACUCCGAUGAUUGACAGUGUAACUCGAGAUGGUAACGAAAUCACAAUCUUUGGAAAAGGUUUCGACGGCGCAGUGAUUAUUGGAAUCGGUGAUUUUGCAUGCGAUAACGUCGAAGUCUCAUCUGUAAAAGUUGUUUGUGAAGCAACAAGAGUACCCGCCGGUGAGUACUUUCCGAAUCUUCUUUCGUCUGUUUAUGGUCUUGCCGGAAGUACAGAUCGCUCGAAUAGUUUGGUUACCCUCAAUCCAGAAAUUAAAGAGAUUUCUCCUUCAAGUGGUUCGGUUUAUGGUGGCAAUACGGUUACGAUUCGAGGUCUCGGUUUCGGCGAAAAAUCAACAAUGCGUGUUAGCUGGGACAAUGUUGGAAUCAUUCGUGAAACGACUCAGAUUAUUUCAUCUACUUCAGACGAACUGGUUCUCACAAUUCCGAAACUAAAGAAUUCGGAUGAUGCCGAUCUCAAUGUUGCAUCAAUUCGUCUUACCAUGGUUGCCGAAGACGGCAUCGUAAACUGGCCUCCUAUUCAGUACACCUACCGCCGGUCACUCUCCCCUGUUGUCACAAGUUGCUCACCAAACAAAAGCAUCUCGGGUGGAGAUCUUCUUCAGAUCACUGGAAGCAAUUUCAGAUGUACGAACAAGAAUCCGCAGAUAAUGCUCGGUGGUAGUGAUUGCGAAAUUGUGGAAUGCGACAAAACUGUUGUAAAGUGUCGUGCUCCAUUUGCUGCUGCUGGGGAUCAUAUCGUUGAAAUUUUCGAUGACUUGUUUGGCCAUGGUAAAACUACUGUUGUUGUUAACUUUAACCUCGAUGUAUCUAACUUCGCUCCUAUUUCUGGAAGUAUUGGUGGAGGGCAGCGAUUGACUAUUUCUGGGACAGGACUUACGGAAUCAUCCGAAAUUGACUUGUGUGGAAAUCCUUGCGAGUUUAUCAGCCUAGAAUCUGGUGAGAGUCAACUGUAUGUUUGCGAAACACCUGCUAUGUCAAGCUCGGAUUCGUGCACAGUGAUUGUUCGAAACGGGUUCUUAGAAGACAGUACUCGUACAAAAUAUAAAUAUCGAAACGACAGAACUCCAAACGUUUUCGAAAUAACACCAAGUAGAGGUCAAACCACUGGUGGAACAGAAGUUACUAUUCACGGUAAUAAUUUCGAAGAGCCAGUCACUGUGCACUUCGGUGAGUAUGAGUGCGAAAUCGCCUCAGUAAACUCUGAUCAAAUUGUUUGCGUCACAUCUGCUGCAUCUAAGUCGGAAGUUCUCCCUGUUACAGUUAAUGUUGCUGCUCUCGGCAAACAAAAUGAUUUGGUCCAAUACUGGUAUGUCAAUGAAUGGUCUAAUCCAGCUAGCUGGGGAUGCCAAGAAGAUCAAGAUUUAACCGAAUGCAUGCCACAAGAUGGUGAAAUCGUUGAAAUCAUGGAUGGCUCUGAUCUUUUGCUAGACACAUCUACUCCAUUACUUCUGGUUUUGAUAGUCAAUGGAGGAACCCUCCACUUUGAUCGCGAGAAAGAUCUUACUCUCCGCGCUCAUUACAUUCUUGUUACGAACGGCGGUCAUGUCCAAAUAGGAAGCGAAAACUCUCCUUUUAUGAAAGAAGCUCAUAUCGAGCUAUAUGGCCAUCGCCGUAGUGCACGGCUUCCACUCUACGGAGCAAAAUUUAUGGCUAUUCACGAUGGAUCCUUGGAGAUGCACGGACGACCUAUUGCCAACCCUUGGACUCAGCUGGUUGAGACUAUUGUCCCCGGAACUACCUGGAUAAAACUUAAAGACGAUAUCAGUGAUUGGCCAAUCGGUGGGGAGAUAGUUAUUGCUUCUACUGGUGGAAUCGACACUGUUGAUGAGAAUGAAAUGUUCUCUAUCGUGAAAAUUGAUGAAAGGUCGAACAUGAUCAAAUUGGACCGAGAAGUUGCGCACAGACAUUUGGGUGAAAUUUCAGAAUGGGGCGGCAAGACUCUUGACAUGAGAGCUGAAGUAGGUCUUUUGACGAGAAAUGUCCGCAUUUCUGGAAAUAUGGACACCUCAUGGGCCCAAGAAAUUCAAUCAUGCGAGAUCGAAGCCGAAGAUAAUAUGUUCGAAAUUCAGACCUGUUUCCAAGGCCGCUUUGGAGAAGAAGUAGGUUCAGACGAGUUUGGAUCCACACUUCAUUUUGGUCCAGGAACUAAACAAGUUCGCAUGUCAAAUGUCGAGGUUUUUAACGCCGGCCAAGCUUUUGAACUCGGAAGAUACCCGGUGCACUUCCAUCUUGUCGGCGAUCAGCAACAAUCCUUCGUCAAGGACUGUGCCAUUCAUCACACAUUUAAUCGAGCGCUUACAUUCCACGGAGUACAUCGUCUUCUUGCUCAACGCAACACUGCUUUCCAUGUCAAGGGACAUGGUUUCUUCAUCGAGGACGGUAUUGAAACAGAAAACAGAAUUUACAACAAUUUGGCGAUUGGUAUUCGAACGUCAACAUCACUUCUCUCGACCGACAUUUGGGCAUCUGGCUUUUGGAUGACCAAUCCGAAUAAUGAAUGGGUCGGCAAUCAUGCUGUUGGUGGAAGUCACAAUGGUUUCUGGAUGAACCCACCAAAGAGGCCAACUGGACCGAGCUUCACAAGAACUUACUGUCCACAAAAAGUGCCUCUAGGUCGAUUCGAUGACAAUGUAGCGCAUUCGAACGGGUUAUUUGGACUUUGGCUCUAUCCAAUUUUCACUCCUGUGCCAGGCGGAGACUGUUCCUUGGAUCCCAAAAUGUUCUUCGAACCGGCUAAGUUCAGAAGAUUCACAGCUUGGGGUAAUAAACGUGGCGCUGAAGGUGUUUUCGUCACUGCCACUCAAUUCAUUGACUUCAUUGCUGCAGAUAACAAACUCGCCGAUCUGUCGUUUAUGGAAACAAAAUUAGAUGUCUUUGGAGAUGAAGGUCUAUUGAUUAAGGAUUCCGUUAUUAUUGGAAAAUCAAACAUUAUGACAAAAGAAUGCUAUAAGCAAAAAGCGGGUCUAGAGACUCCAUGGAAACUCGGCGCAUUUACCGUUGACGGCCUCAAAUUCUUUAACUUCAAUGAAACAUGUAUUGCAAUCAAUCCAUGCUACCGAGCGUAUAGAACUGACUGUGCAAAUCAAGCGCAGUUCAGCAAUAUCGAGUGGCACAACUCGCCAAGAAAGGUCACUUUUGCUUGGGAGCAUGAAUACGAUUUCCACGACUUAGACGGUACACUUACUGGUCGCAACGAAGAAGUUCAUUUGCUUACAGAGUCUGGAAUUCUCCCUCCGGAUAAAUGUGACUCCUCUGGCUUAAACGAAUUCAAUUUUGGAGAAGUAAAUGCCACCAUUUGUGAUGCCAGUGUUAAAUUGAAGAAAUUUGGUAUGAACGAACUUGCACCACAAUUCCUCAACGGGGCCAAUUUUAUCGUUCGAAAUAAAUAUGGUAGUUCGCUGACUCCCUGGAGAAGCCUACGCAUCGUUCACCCAAGAGGCUACACUGGAAUGGUUCUUGAGGGAGAAGACCAUGAAUAUGUUUUCGAGGGAUUUAACGCGCUUUCAAACCUUUCUUUCGUCGCCGAUUUCUAUUACUUUCAAGAAGACGAUCAUGUCAUCAUGAAACGUGCUUUUACGGACAAGAUUGAACAUCUUCAAGUUUCCGAGAGAAUGGCGACAAACUUUGCCGAUGUACUCUCAGAAGAAUCGGACAAUCUUGAUACUAGUGUUGACACAGCAACCGGCGAAGUGGCUUUUGUUAUUUCUGGACGUGGCCAGCAGCGUUCUGGAUCUAUUGCUCCAACAGAACUUGUCGGGCGAACAGUUCAUGUUGAGUUUGAGGUCAAGAACAAGCAAGACGACUCUGCCGAGGAAGUUAUCCUAUCAAAACAGGAAAUGUUCAUGAACCAACAGACGUGUGUCUUCAGCGACCCAGAUUGCUGGCGAAGUCCAACUGCUGACGGCGGGAAUAUUCAUAUUCCGGUGGAUCGACAUGUCUUUCUUGAUAAUGCAACGAUUUUCGCUGAGGAUCUGAUAAUUGAUGGAACAUUAGAGUUCAUGCCAGAUCUUGACUAUACAAUCAAUGUCGACAAUGUAGUUGUAAACGGCAAACUCAUAAUUGGUACUGAGCAGUCGCCGUUCCCUUGUGGGCACUCGAUCGAGUUCAAUAUUAGGAGUAAUGUCAACAACGAAGUUUUCAUCAAGAACAAAAUCCCAGCUGUUGGAAAGAAGGCAUUUGUUGUUUAUGGAAUCGCGGAAAUAUACGGUUGUCAAGCUAUGGCACAGGCUCAACUUCUUGAACCCGCCUCUGCUGGAAUGACUUCCAUCGUUGUUGAUCGUUCUGUAACUUGGAGUGAAGGCGAUGAAAUUGUCAUUGCCUCCACGAGCUUCGAUGGAAGUGAAUCAGAAGAGUGCGUUAUUCAGUCAGUUCACGGAAACAAAAUUGAGUUGGCAUCGCCACUUGCUCAUUUCCAUGAUGCUUCCGCUUCUCAAUAUGAUGGGAUCGAUUUUACCGUCUCCGCUGAAGUCGGUCUGCUCAAUAGAAAUAUCAAAUUCAUUGCUGAAAAUAAUCAAGAGAAAUUCGGCGCUCGUCUUCUUGUCAACAAAAAUGAAAACAACGCUGGACGAACAAAAGCCAUUUUAUCAAAUAUUGAGUUUGUGAAUUUUGGUCAGUUCGGAUAUACCGAUACACCUGAUCCGAGGUACGCCGUUGCUUUUUAUGGAACAACCGAGGUUUCAAGAGUUUCCAACUGUGCUUUCCGCGAUAGUUUUGUCACAGCUAUUGGUAUUAUUAACAGCUUCAAUGUGCUUGUGGAAAACAACAUCUUACAUCGAACUAUUAACGACGCUAUUCGAGUUGCUGGUGCCGGCCAAGGCAACAUUCUCAGAGGAAAUAUGGUCAUAAACACGUUAAAUGGACUUUUGGCUACUGAAGGUGGUGCUGAUCUUGAUGGGACUCGCUUUGAGGGAGCCUACGCUUCCGGUAUUAGACUUGACGACGCUUUGAGUACUAUCGUUUUUGAGUCUAACCGUGUUGCUGGCGUGGAGGGCUUUGGUAUUCGUCUUCGAGGUGAUGCCUGUCCCGCCGGCGAGCAAUCGGUUGGUUGCCCCAAUAGAAAUGUUACUAUUGAUCAGUCGAGAUUGAAUCACGCUCAUGGUACCCACAACGGAGUCGUUAUUUGGCUUUUGUCCCGCGAAGAUUGUUCACUUGUGACAAACAUAGCUUCGUACCGCAAUUAUGACUACGGCUUCUAUCUCCAGUCACCAUCAAGUUUAAUUAUCGAGGGCGUUAUUACAUUUGAUAAUCCUAUCGGUAUCUUGCCAAUCAUUAUUGAUCCAGAACCAACAGAACAUGAAUUGAUUUAUAAGUCUGCCAAAAUCCGAAAUUCGCUCAUCGGAGGAAUGUCGGACAGCUUUGACUGCUCAUCAAAUAUGGCACAAUUGACUCCUGGUGUCAUUCCAUAUUUCGACAAAACUUCUCUCCUAAGAGCGCCUCGUCAUAAUGGAGGCUUUACUGGAUUCAUGAUAACUAAUAUUAUUGGAUCGAAGACCAGAGCGCCACUUGAAACUUGGAACUUUGUUCAGAACCAUCCUCAAAUUGUCGGAAGCUCGUGUGUUAAUGACAAUGUUUUUGCCUCUUUUGGUAGCAGAUGCGGCGUCAGUAACAUUGCAGUUCGAACCAACCCGGAUAUGGCUGAGUACAUGCAUCCGAUCGUUAUGGAGCGAAAUGCUAUGAUCGAAGUCACAGAUACAAAUCGUUUUUUCAUCCACCGCCCGAAUAUUCUUUCGAUUAUGAGCGAGGAAAAAAUGCAAUGCGGAGACAUGGACUGUGAUGGAGGCAAAAAAGUACUGAUCUAUGACGACGGAAGCACAAGUGGCCGUGGUUUCCCAGUAACAAUGGUUGCUCAGUCCGACUUUGAGUGGAAUGGAGAUCCCAGAAGAGGUCUGGGCGACUAUCGAAUUCCAUUCUCCAUGCUGACUGAAGACGACGGCACGAAAAAGAUGUUACUUUGUGGGCACCAAAUAAGGCACGAGCUCGUUGUUUUUGAGUCUCUUGACAAAGACACUACUGAUCGUAGAAUUGGCCCACUAGGAGUAAGAUCCGAUACUGGCUACAUUGAUUUGAUCAAUGGUCCUGGAUCUUACAAGGGUGACCACGGAUACGCUUCAGUGGACAGGCCUAGUCUUUACCACACGAUUCUCGCUGCUGAUCAUCAUUACGAAGUCGCUUUCACAGGAACUUUGCCUCUUACUAAUCGCAUUAUUAUGCCAAUGGCAGAUGAUGAUGAUUUCAUAACAAUUUCUCUCUUUGUUGGCAGAAUGCAGCGCAUAGAAGUCUAUCGAGGCGGUAUGCUUGUGCGACCCACCAAUGCGCAGCUAGAUAAGGGAGGCAGUUUCACGUACAUGUUCCCCGAUCCAAGAUUCAUUCCUAACAUUGACGACGGUGUUUUACUUCAACACGGAGCGAACUACUUCGACAGAAAUGCUAUGACUCUUCAUUUGGCCAUUCGGGGCAACGAAGAUCUCGUUUUGAAAACUUCUCAAACACUGAUCAUCAAUAUGGACACAGUCAUGGAAAUGACGCCGGAAGAACUUUAUUCGCAGAAAUCACUGGGUCCUAUUCUUGCGUCUAUUCUUGGAGUUUCAGACAAGAACGUCAAAGUGGUCAAUAUCGGUCAGUCAUCUACUCGCCGUAGAAGAAGCAUUGGCUCCAAUGCUGCGAAGUUAACAUUCGAAGUUGGAUCCAUGGCGUCUAUGGGAGGACCAACUGCACGAUCAAUGGGAUUCAAUGAUGACCUUGAUAUGGAAAGUCUUAAUGAUCUCCAGCGAAAGAUAAUUGAAGCAAAGACGGUGUGCACAAUAAAAUCUGAGAUGAAGGAAAAACUGAACUUGGAGGUUGUUCAAAUCUCUGUCAACGGUGUUGAUCAAGAGGAACAUGUCGUACACGAUGACAUGAGAUCUGAAGAUGUCUUCAAUCCUUUUGAUGGAAUGUCGUCAAAGACCGUUUCGAUGCCAACAGAUCUGUCAAUUUUCCGACAGCCCGAGCUUGAACUGAAGAUUGGCGAAACAUUCGCAACACAACCUUGGCUCCAAGUUCUUGACGAAAAUGGAGCGCGAGUGGUUGUUAACGGAUUAUCAAUCAGUGUCAAGCUUGUAUCCGCAGAUACCCAGAGAAAACUUGUAGACUCGCCUUUUUGUAAAAUGCUCAGAGCAUUGGGGCUAGAGUCACAAGAUGCCACAGGCCAAUGUAGCACGUCGAAGACCGCCAAAAAGAACAGAAGUGAGAAAGAUGUUAUUAACUCAGUCCAUGGCGUUGUUUUAACAGGCCAAACUACAGUGACCGUUGAUCAAGAUGGUCUUGCUAAAUUCACCGACUUAGGAGUUUCUGGUGCCUAUACUGGCAGCGGCGAAAUUGCUCUCGAAUUCUUUUUGGAUGGCAGCGGCAUGCAAAUUUGCGGAAUGGGAACGCUAAGUAUGAUCAAGCGAAGUGGCAUUAUUGACAUCAAAGACGAAACUUCAAAUGCUGUUCAUUGCACCAAGGGAAUGGCUCGGGCAUCAGACUUUUUGCGAAAGAAGAAGAAAGGCGGAGGCGAGUUCGUUAGCUGCGCUAAUCUCGAACUUUCGGGCCUCAAGUCAAUCAUUCAAGACUUGCACGUUGGCAAUUUCAUCCGGCUGAGAACUAACGGCGACGAAGUCUCGACUAUUCGAAAAGAACAGAUCGCCUCUUUGAGCUUGGCGAAUAACAAUCUUUCCGACGGGGAGGAGCUUCGUGAGCUCUUGUCUCACUUACGAGCUCUUACGAAUCUAAACCUUGCAAACAACCAGUUUACUGAGUUCCCAUCUGACUUAUUCUCGCAAAACCGAGCACUCGCUAAUUUCGAUUUCAAAGGAAACCCAACCACAACUCUUCCACCGGGUUUCUUCUCCAUGAAAAUAACAAAGAAAUCCAAAUUCAUGAUGUCCUGCUCCCUGCAAACGAUUCCAGUGGACGUUCUACUUGACAAAAAGAUUGUGAAAUCAUUCUUGAAAGCAGCAAAAUUCUGUUAG